GUUGCAGAAGCUACUCCUCCCGGUUAUUUUGAGCCCUGCCUGUCACAGCUGUCCCCAUGCUGCCUACCUCUGGGACCUCACUUUACUUCCCUCUCUUCUCUCUCCCCUCUGGUCCCGGCACGUCUGGUAGAAUGGAGAACCAAGCCACACUCUCAAAGGUCACCACUGGUGCCUACAGCACUGCAGAUCCAUGUGUGGACGUGACGGAAGAGUUAAACCAGCAACUGGAGGACAUCAUCAGUACGUACCAGUCAGAGGCCAGCCUGGUGGAGCCUGAGGAGCCUGAAGAACUGAUUGGAGAGCAGGAUGUGGUGGUCACCGGCAUGAUGGACACCAGCGUGGGCAAGGACCAGAAACUGGAGAAGAAGAUGCUGAAGGCUUUAGGGAAGGAGGGAAUGAUUCUGAUGCAAAAUUUGAACAAGCUCAGCACUACAGACGCAAAACUCGAGGCAAUUAUCAAGAAGCAUGCUGAACUGCUGGAGGAACACCGCACAGACCAGAAGCAGCUGAAAGUCCUGCAGAAGAAACUGGUGCAUGUCAUGAAGGAGAAGGAUCUGCUGCAGAGCGAGCACAGCCGGGCAGUAUUAGCCCGAAGCAAACUGGAGGGGUUGUGCAGGGAGCUGCAGAGACACAACAAGACGCUCAAGGAGGAGACCCUGCAGAGGUGUCGUGAGGAUGAUCUGAAGCGCAAGGAGAUCACCACGCACUUCCAGAACACGCUGACGGACAUACAGACCCAAAUUGAGGAGCACAGUGACCGAAACACCAAGCUGUGUAAGGAAAACAGCGACUUGGCAGAGAAGCUGAAAGGGCUUAUUGCACAGUAUGACCAGCGAGAGGCGAACUUGGAAAAAGUCUUCAAACACCGCGACCUGCAGCAGAAAUUAGCCGAGACCAAACUUGAACAGGCAAAACUUCUGCUUAAGGAAGAGGGGGAGAAACACAAGAAUGAAAAAGAAUGUCUCCUCACGCAGACUGCUGAGUUAGCAAUGCAGGUGAAAAUUCUGAAGGAGCAGGAGAGUGCGAUGAAGGCCCAGCUCUCCAUGUACUCUGAGAAGUUUGAUGAGUUCCAGGGCACAGUGUCCAAGAGCAAAGAUAUUUAUUCCACUUUCAAACAAGAUAUGGAGAAGAUGUCAAAGAAAAUUAAGAAGCUAGAGAAGGAGUCUAACACCUGGAGAACACGGUUUGAAGGCUGCAAUAAGGCUCUUGUAAAUAUGGUUGAAGAGAAAACACUGAGAGACAAAGAGUUGGAGCUCUGCACUGAGAAGAUCCAAAGGCUGGAGAAGUUGUGUCGGGCACUUCAAGAGGAGAGGAAGGACCUGCACCAGAAGGUCCAGGGGAUGCAGCUCCCAGGUGAUGAGGUGAAGGUGGAGGCGAAAGACGAGGUGCUACCAGAGGAGGGUGCUUCUGAGCACGCACACUUGGAGGUAUCCACGACAGGUGGUGAAACUCUCCUCGCUCAUAAGCUAGCCAGCCUGAAGGUGGAACAAGCCAUAUUGCAGGAGAUAGCAACAUCAUUCACAACCUCGGAGGAAUCUAACCAGGAAGCAAAUUCAAGCCAAUGCACUGAGGUGCAGCAGGAUUCCCAAAAGGAACACCCAGCAGGUCAAGACCAGACCAAUAACGCCCAGGAAGCCCCUCUUCAAUCCAAGUCUGAAGAAACAAACAAUAAACUGGAGGCAGUCCAUUAGGAUAUGAGGGAUGGAUAACAAACAUUGGUGGUUGGUCCACAUUGCUAUUGCGGUGAAUCUAAUAUUCAUUGCAAGACUAUGUUUUCUUGUUUGCAAAAAUUAUCUACAAAAAUAAGUCAGCUCUGACCUUCAACAGCCUGCCUGUCUUUGAUUUCUUGAGAUAAGCUACUGUUAUUUUCCAAAAAUCUUUUUUUUAUCAUCAUUAUUAAUUUCUGGCUAUGUGUGUCUCCAUUUUUGCUUUUCCCCCUCAAAAUAAACAUCCAAUAAAGGCUUGAUAUGGUU